CACAACCACCGAGCACCUCCAUGGGGAACUACAUCUCCUGCGCCCUCAUCCACAGCACCCCCCACCGGAAUUCCGCCGUGAAAGUCAUCUCCAGCAGCAACGGCGACGUCCAGCAGAUCGACGGCCCGGUCAAUGCGGCGGAGCUGAUGCUGGAAUGCCCCAACCACUUUGUCGUUCACUCGCAGUCCCUCCACAUCGGGCGGCGCUUCUCGCCGUUGGCGGCCGACGAGGACCUCGAGAUGGGCAACGUCUACGUCCUCUUCCCGAUGUCGCGCGUCAACUCCGUCGUCACUCCGGCCGACAUGGCCGGGCUGGUCAUGAGGGCCAACAGCGAGCUGAAGAAGUCCGGCGGCGCGAGCGCGAGGAUCUUGCCGGAGGUGAGCGGCCCGAGUCCAGGCCAGGCGGAGACUCUGCCUAGGCUUAGUUUAGAGGGACUGGAAGAAGAUGCUUCGUUUCACCAGCUCAAGAGGACGUUGACUGUAUGUAGGUCCAGAAAGCCCAUGUUAGAAACGAUAACAGAAGAAAGCGUUUGUUCCACAUAGCAAAAUAUGUGAUUGAAAUAUAUAGAAGCGCAAUUUUUAUAGCUCCUUCUAUUGUUACACUUUAGAUGAAGAAACCGUAGUUUGCAGAUC